AUGUCACGGCGGCCUCACGGCCAGGCUGCCGCUCCCCAGCGGAAACUGUUCCUCGCUCUCGCCCUUUUUCUCCUCAACCCUGCCCUCCGGCUCGUUGAUGCUCAGCAGCAGCAGCAACAUCCGCGGCAGCCAUCCGGUCAUGACACUGCCGACCAGCUGAGCCAGCAUGUCUUCCAUCGCCUGGCCGCCGACGCAGGGCGGCAACUUCCAAUAGCUGCUUCCUCCGACAGCAGCGCGUCUUCGAGACGCUCAAACCAUCAGCAACAAAAACAACAAGCACAGGCGGCAAUGAGCUACUCCUCGCCGGCCGAGGCCGAGUCGUUUAUCGCGUCGCAGCUGACGGUCGAGACGCCCAAGAUCCAGCGCAAGCGCACAUCCAUUGACAACGGCCGCGGGUCGGACUCGACGGUGCCUGUCGAACGGGAGAGAGAGAGAGAGGCGGGCCACAGGAAGCCCCGAACGAGAUCCACUGCAGCUCCGGACUUGUCCGUUCGAGCACCAUCGCUAGCGUACCGAGACCUGGCCGCCGCUGCUCCCGGCCAGAAUCUCCCCUCGCCGCAUCUUCUUGCGCGGACGCUAGCCGACUGGGAAGUGGAACACUUUGUCCUCCUGGCCACGGUCGACGGCGACCUGCUCUCGGUCGACCGCAAGACCGGCAAGAUCCAGUGGCACAUCGAGAGCGAGAAGCCCGUGGUCGAGACCAAGCACCACCGCAGCAAUGUCUCCACUCUGGACGAGUCCUUCUUGCCGCUCGACCACUGGAUUUGGGCUGUCGAGCCGACGCGCAGCGGCGCCAUCUAUCUCAUGAUCCCGGGCAGUCCCAGCCUGGCUGAGACCGGCCUGUCGAUGAAGUGGCUGGUCGAGCAGGUGCCCUACUACGACCGCAACCACCCGGUCGUGUUCACUGGCACCAAGUCCACCACCAUGGUCACCCUCGAUGCCGCCACCGGCCGUGUGCGCGCGUGGUAUGGCACCGGCGAGGCCGAUUCGGACGCCGCCGACGCCUACAACUCGCCCGACAGCUGCAUGCGGCCCAACAACUUUGGCGAGAGCGGCGGUGAGGAGUGUGCCGUUGGCGGCUCCAUCACGCUUGGCCGCACCGACUACAAGGUCAUUGUCCGUCGCAACGACGGCAUCACCAUUGCCACGCUCAAGUACUCUGAGUGGGGUCCCAACAACUACGACAAGGACCUGCACCAACAGCACAAAGCCCCCAGCGACAACCGCUACAUCAGCGGCCUGCCCAAUGGCGACGUGUACGGAUUCAGCUUCGAUCCCGUUGUUGACGGCGUCAAGCUGGCCUUUAGCCACCGCCUGUCAGCCCCGAUCGCCCGCGUCUUCGACAUUGCGCGCCCGCCCCAUGUGCCGCUAAGCAGCUAUCCCGACCUGGCCGUGCUGCCACAGCCGCCGCCGCCGGCCGAGGACGACGAGGCAGUGCGGCUGCGUAAGUCGACCAUCUUUAUAAAUGAAACGAAAGGCGGUAGCUGGUACGCUCUCUCGGGCACCUCGUACCCGCUCAUCCUCGACGUGCCCGCUGCUGAGUGCACCGAAGCCGGCUGGUGGGACCGACACCAGACCAGUGGCCCGGCCGAGAUCCGUAACGCUCUGACCGGGAAGCACUCCCUGUCGACUGGGGCGGAGCGGCAGCGCUCGUUCCGGGCACCCGAGUACCCGACCCUACCCGGCAGCGAUGCGUCAGCGACUGUUUCCGACGACGACGUGGAGGACCUGCUCUCGCCGCCGCUCACGCUGCCAGAGCCAGCGACCGAGCCGUCUCCUUACGUGAUCACCAAGGUCAAGGAGCUGCCGCAAGUCGCGGCCAACAGCGUGCUCGACUUCUUGAGCAACCCGGUCUUCAUCAUCGCCUUUGCCACCUUUCUCUUCCUCUACCAGAAGGAUCUACGACGCUGGUACAGAAAGAAGAAACAGCAAUGGUUCGACAAGGGCGUCGCCCUCGACACAUCCGACGACGAGUCCUCCUCCGUCAUCAGAGGGACGGCUGAUGGGACAGACACCACUGCCAAGGUGCAGCCUGCAGACUUGUCGCAGUCCGGCCUGCUCUCGGAUAAAGAGGAUGGCGCGUCCGAGAGGAGAGCGACGCGGGCCGGCUCGGCGGAGACAACAACAGCAACCGCCGAUCAGGACAAGGGCAACGCACCGACAAGCCCAGCUUCUGUAUCGACCAGCGCCGAUGGCGAGAUGCCGGCACCGGAGAAGGAAAAGAAAAAGGCACACCGCGGUCGUCGCGGCGGUGCGAAGCACCGCAAGGGUAACAAGAACAAGGUAGAGACGUCGCAGUCUCGGGGCGAUGAGCCCGUUGCUCUGGCCACGGUGGACGAGGUGGUGGGACUGGCCAAGGAGCUGGGUGAAAAGCGGCCAGGGAUGGAGCCGGACAUUCUGACGGUGCCGAGCAACGUGCAGGAGGUGUCGGGUCCAAUCCUGCGCAUGGGCAGCCUGGAGGUAGACGAGGACCAGCAGCUGGGCACGGGCAGCAACGGGACGAUCGUGUUUGCCGGUCGGUUCGACGGCCGCGAAGUUGCCGUCAAGCGUAUGUUGGUGCAGUUCUACGACAUUGCGUCCCAGGAGACGAAGCUACUGCGCGAGAGCGACGACCAUCCCAAUGUGAUCCGUUACUUCGCUCAGCAGCAACGGGCUGCAUUCCACUACAUCGCGUUAGAGUUGUGCGAGGCAUCCCUGGCCGAGGUGAUCGAGAAGCCGUUCGCAUUCCGGGAGCUGGCACAGGCUGGCGAGCGCGACCUGCCCAACGUCUUGUAUCAGAUUACGAGCGGACUGAACCAUUUGCACUCGCGCAACAUUGUGCACCGCGACCUGAAGCCACAGAACAUCUUGGUCAACAAGGGCCCCAACGGCAAGCCGCGGCUGCUGAUCUCGGACUUUGGCCUGUGCAAGAAGCUCGAAGGCGGACAAAGUUCCUUUGGGGCGACGACGGCCCAUGCGGCUGGCACGAGCGGCUGGCGGGCGCCGGAGCUGCUUCUGGACGACGAUGCGCGCGACAGCGGGACGACACUGGUGGAGGCCAUGUCAACCCAGAGCGGCGGCUCGCACGGGCUGCUGGCUGGCCACGGCGAGGGACAACCGCCGAUGAGACGAGCAACCAAGGCCAUUGACGUUUUCGGGCUCGGGCUUGUUUUCUUCUACGUCCUGACUAAGGGCUCGCAUCCGUUCGACUGUGGCGACCGGUACAUGCGCGAAGUCAACAUCCGCAAGGGCAACUACAACCUGGAACCGUUGGGGAUGCUAGGCGACGUGGCACCCGAAGCCAAGGAUCUGAUCAGCCACAUGCUCCGGGCGAACCCACGACAGCGGCCGCGGACGCGCGAGGUCAUGGCCCACCCGUUCUUCUGGCCGCCCAAAAAGCGACUCGCCUUCCUCUGCGACGUGUCGGACCACUAUGAGAAGGAACCGCGCGACCCGCCGUCGGAGGCGCUGUUGCGGCUCGAGAGCCGCGCGUCCGAGGCCGUUGAGGGUGAUUUUCUGCGUCAGCUGCCACGCGACUUUGUCGACUCGCUCGGGAAGCAGCGCAAGUACAACGGUACCCGCCUUCUCGAUCUCCUACGUGCCCUCCGAAACAAGCGGAACCACUACGAGGACAUGACCGAGCCGCUGCGCCGCCUGGUUGGGUCGCUGCCCGAGGGCUACCUCAACUUCUGGGCUGUCCGCUUUCCCUGCCUGCUGCUCGUCUGCUGGAAGCUCGGCUUCGAUGAGGACUGGGAGGCGACCGACCGCUUUACCGAGUACUACCAGCCGUCGGCGGGAGUGUAG